GCAGAAUUUCAUUGACGGUGUUCGUAAUCGGGCUGGCAGUGCAAAUCGAAAGCAAGAAACGUCGACAAUGGCGCAACGUCUUCUGUUCGGUGGGACCCAGGGCAGCAGCUCCCAGAGCAAGUACCUAGUCGAGUUCAAAGCCGGCAAAUGUACUCAGAAAGGGAAGCUUGUCACACCUGACAAACGCAAAGGAUUGGUCUACAUCCAGCAAACGGAUGAUUCGCUCAUUCACUUCUGCUGGAAGGAUCGUACGACCGGUCAGACCGAAGAAGAUCUCAUUAUGUUUCCCGGCGAUGCCGAGUUCGAGAAGGUUACGCAGUGCACCACUGGCCGUGUUUUCGUCCUCAAGUUCAAAUCCAACAACAAGCACUGUUUCUAUUGGAUGCAAGAGCCGAAGACGGACAAGGAUGACGAUUUCAAAACAAAGGUGAAUCAAUUCCUCAACGAUCCGUCAACCCAGCAACGGAGCUCGAAUAACUUCGCAGAACUCUCCGACGACCAUGAUCUAAGCUCGCUGAUAUCUGGAAUGAGUUCGAGCGAACUGGCUCAGCUCUUCAGGGGGCUCGGAGGCAGUCCCAAUCUCUUUCCCUUGGGGAGCGGGCGGAAUCGUGCAAGUCGAGCUACUCACGAUGAGGCUAUGGAUACCGAAACCCCUGCUGCAGCCACUCCCACCACGGCAGGUUCGGGUAAAAGUACUACGAAGGUCGGAAGUGCAGCCAAAGGCGCCGGAAUUAAGGCUCAGAACCUCGCUGAAAUCUUGAACAAAGUCAACGCGGAGGUGGCUUCGGGCUCUGGAGGAAGCAGCUCGCAUCAAGCCGAUUCCUUGAAAGAUCUCCUCACCCAUUCCGAAGUGCUAGAGCCCAUCAUCAGCAACAAGGAACUAAUGGCUCGAGUGAAGGAUUUCCUCCCUCAGGUCGGAGGCGAAGAAGCGAGCUCAGAGACCGCCGAACAGCUGAGCGGAACCGUUCGAACGCCCCAAUUCGCCCAGGCUGUUUCCAUGUUUAGCGCUGCUCUCGCUUCCGGUCAAAUGGGACCCUUAAUGACGCAGUUUGGAAUGAGCGCCGACGUCGCGACGGCGGCGGCCACUGGUAACAUAGAAGAGUUCGUCAAGGCCCUGGAGAAAUCACAAAAGAAACCCGAGAGCACUGAUGCUGAGAUGAAGGAAUAGCUGUGCUUUGGAGUGUUGCAGAUGAACGGAAUACAUAGUUGGCGGAUAUCCCGAACUGGCAAUCCACGUAAAACAGCAUAUUGAUAUUGAUCAUUGAUAACGAUAACGCAGAGCUAUACUCGAGACUCGGGCGCUGCCCCGAGUGGAUGUGUGGGGAAUGGAGACUAAAGAAGGCUUUGAACGAAAA